AUGGCUGCCCUCUGCAGGGGCAGACACCGGUGGAAAAGAACAAAUUGUUUCCACGUUUUGACAAGAAACCUGACAGGGAACUACGACUAUGACCUGGUGGUUAUUGGUGGUGGUUCAGGAGGCCUUGCUUGUUCCAAAGAAGCAGCACAGUUGGGACAGAAAGUUGCUGUCCUGGAUUAUGUGGAGCCAUCUGUUAAAGGUACCAAGUGGGGUCUUGGUGGUACAUGUGUUAAUGUUGGCUGCAUUCCUAAGAAGCUCAUGCACCAGGCUGCUCUACUCGGCACUGCAGUCAAAGAUGCUCAGAAGUACGGCUGGCAGAUCUCAGGGCCAAUCUGUCAUGACUGGACCACCAUGGCAGACGCUAUUCAAAACCAUGUCAGGUCUUUGAACUGGGGUCACAGAGUUCAGCUCCAGGACAAGAAGGUGAAGUAUCUGAACAUCAAAGGAAGUCUGGUGGAUGAACACACUGUCAAAGGACUAACUAAAGAAGGGAAAGAGACGAUCCUGACUGCCAAGAACAUUGUGAUCGCCACGGGUGGACGACCCAAUUACCCCACAAAGAUCCCAGGAGCAAUGGAGCAUGGAAUCACCAGUGAUGACAUCUUCUGGCUGAAAAAGUCGCCUGGGAAAACGCUUGUGGUUGGAGCCAGCUACGUGGCUCUGGAGUGUGCAGGCUUCCUCACCGGCGUUGGCUUGGACACCACAGUGAUGGUCCGCAGCAUUGCCCUCCGGGGGUUCGAUCAGCAGAUGGCAGGUCUAGUCACAGACUACAUGGCCGCAUAUGGGACCAAGUUUGCAUGGAAGUGUGUCCCAAAGAGUGUGGACAAACUUUCCUCAGGAGCCCUGCAGGUGACCUGGAGCGACACCCACACGGGGAACGAGCACAAGGACACUUACGACUCCGUGUUAUGGGCAGUUGGCAGAGCCCCUGAAACCAAAGCCCUGGGCCUGGACAAGCUUGGCGUGGAACUCAAAAAGGAGACGGGGAAAAUAAUUCUGGGCUCUGACGAAUCCACCUCGGUGCCAAACAUCUAUGCUUUCGGUGACAUCGGCGAGGGUCGUCCUGAAUUGACCCCGACGGCCAUUAAAGCGGGAAAGCUUCUCGCCCGUAGAUUGGCUGGACACAGCACUGAACUCAUGAACUACGACAACGUGCCCACCACUGUGUUCACCCCCCUUGAGUAUGGCUGCGUGGGUCUGUCUGAGGAGGAGGCUGAGAAGAGGCUCGGGAAAGACGGCAUCGAGGUCUACCAUGCGUUCUACAAGCCUCUGGAAUUCACUGUUGCCGAGCGCGAUGCCAGCCAGUGCUACUUAAAGGUGGUAUGUGAGCGGGCUGGAGAGCAGAAGAUCCUGGGUUUGCACUUUACUGGUCCGAAUGCAGGAGAAGUCACACAGGGCUUUGCUCUGGGCAUCCAGUGUGGAGCAACAUAUUCUCACCUGUUGCAGACCGUGGGCAUCCACCCAACCUGCGCUGAGGACCUGACCAAGGUCAGCAUCACAAAGCGGUCCGGCUUGGAUGCCAUGGUAACCGGCUGCUGAGGUUAAGCCCCUCAGCCUCUGAACACAAGUGAGCACACAGGGUCCGUCUGUAGCAGUAGAAAGAAGUGAGCCGGGGUUUCCCCUGCCCUCUCUCUCUCUCUCUCUCUCUCUCUCCUCGUCCCCCUCCUUUUCUACAGCUCUCUCUGGGAACAUGGUCUCUUCAUUGGCCAUUGGUCAUGAAGAUUAUCACUUGUUGCACAGGUUAGUGUACCAUAUAUGUGCAUAUUGUGAGUGUAUCCUCCGGUUACAGAUCAGGUCAGUGAGAGUUGUGGCAAGCGUCUUUUAAAUGAACAGGAUCAUCAAUCAGAAUGAAAGCCUGUGCUCAGCUCAGGGUUUAGUUGAAAUCAAACAAAAAACCGUGAACUGAACCCUUACGUUUCUCGGUGUGUGUUUAUAUAUAUGUAUAUAUAUAUAUAUAAUAUUCUGCAAAUAUUGUUGUUUCUCUGGCUGUACUUCCUGUCCAUUAGUCUUGGAGGUGACACAUACCAUACACCCCCACAACCCCUCCAUCCCUCCCCAUGACACUGAUGGAUGGCCCCAGGGCCGUCGCCGCAACACCGCCCCAUUUCCCAUGGACACACACAAACAGUUGGAGGGCCGCUUGUCAGUCAGGCAGCUCAGACCUGGCCAGGGAGCCCCGGCUUGUUUAGGCCCCAGCAGACUCCAGCAGACUCCAGCCCCCUUCCGUUUCCUCCAUGCCCUUCUCCAACCCAAUGAACGGACAGAAUGCCACUACAAAUAUUUGCUGUCACAAGCUGUGUGGAUACCACAGGGCGACUCUACCUGUUGAUAACAGUGCUUUGAGAGCUCGACUAUAACUGUACUACUCAACAUCACCCAAAGGUGGCACUAUUGCCCACCAAUUUACCCGUUUUAUUAUGGGCCAAGAAUGGAAGACAGGAUAAAGUACUCAUCGGGUAAAAAACAAGCCUGAAUACAUUCAGGUUGUGCUUUUAAUCCCUUUUAAUCCCUAUAAAAGAUACGUGCUCUUGGAUGAGGUUUUAAAGCAGACUGGCUUUAUUGGUGCCAAACUGAUAAGGGUUAUCUGUUGUGUAUUUACAUGGAUGGCAGGCUAGACCAAAAGAGCCAUCACACUUCAAGAUAAGGCAAAUUGUUUAUACCAAUAAAGCAGUAAUAGCCCCCCACAGUUUGCCAAAGUGCUCAAGUGUUCAACCUGCUGGCUACACGGACAUCUCGGAGGAGGAGGAGGAGUAGUUUAUUUUUAUUUGAAGUCUAAUCUGCCCAGUCUGAUUAAUGAAUUCGAUGAGGGGAGUGACAAUGUGCCAGGAGAUGGAGAGAAGAAAAAAAGAGAGAGAGAGAGGUACCAGGUUUAUUUGGCCCCGGGCCAGAGGAGAGAGGGCUGAGUUUCAGCCGUGGUUCGGGAGGGAAGGGGGAUUCCUGUGUGCUCUGUUCAGGGCUGAGGUGCUGACUGAAGGACCCUGACCUCCGCUCAGCAGGAACAGCUUGACUCUAUCACUCGGAGCCCAGAGGGCUCAUGUGCUGCAAGGCAGGGGACUGGGGUGCUAAAGGUGAGGGGGGGGGUUAGUAUGGCAAGGAGACGGACCGACCCAGCCAGCCAGCCAACACGACACUGAGCGGUAGCGCUGUGUUUGCCCAGGGUAAUUGAGUCUAUGUUCCUGUGCUUAACGAGCCACUUCAGAGACCUCAGGUGGCCCACGGCAACACGGGGGAAGUUAUUGAAGCCGUCGGUGUGACUGUAAUGUCUGUUUGCUUUUUACCCUCCACUUCCCUUCUGCGUUUUCUCAUCUGCUCGAUAUCUUGUAACUUUUUAAUGACAUAUCAGUCUUAUUUGAAUAGCUGUUGUUGUUGUUGUUGAGCAGUCACUCCAGGCCCACGCUUUGACCAGGAAGGCUCCGCAGUGCCCCAUGGGGGGGUCAGGGUUCAACUUUCAGGUCGGCCAGAUAAUGAUGGCCUGCACUAAAACCCAGAACUGGGGAGUGUGGGCCUGAUGUCCCCUGGCUGGCAACUUAAGCAGUUGUAAAUAGAGAAGUGUAAUUUUCCAUGAAAGCUUUGUUAUCCAUAAUGUAUAUGUAAAGUAUUACCACUGUGGAAUGCACAGUGUCACUAUUAAAGUAACGAUGCCCACUGA